UCAGCACUAACAGACAAUGAAUAAUUGAUCCUCCUCCUAUGCAAAUAUUUAUGGGUCCUACUAACAGGUCUGUGGAAUCACACAAAUAAGUUAUUACAAACAGUGUAGAGAGCAGUGUCGUUUGUGACAGUAAUUUUAAAGAAGAAUAAAGUCUAUGAAUCCAGACUUAUCUAUCCCAAAUUUAUCCAGAAUGAGAAUGUGUGGUUGAGAUUGAGUUAGUGUAGUGUAGUGUAGUGUAGGGUCUAUAUGUAAAAUAAAUUUAAACCAUAAAAUGACAAUUAUUAAUAAUUUUUGAUUGGUUAGGUCUGAAUUUAUAAUAUUAUUAUUUUGAGAAUGGGAGUUCUAAUUAAGCACAGUACCUAUUCAUAAGUUUGUUUUCUUUGGUGAAUAUAAAGGGGGAACCUAUUUCUCAUUUUAAGUGUACCCAAUUCACAACUCUACUUUGCGUUUGGAGAGAGGAAGAAAAGGAGAGGGAAAAUGGGAGACCAAAAGCAAAGUAGUUGUGGAAUGUUGAGUCUCAUCUUCACUAAAGUAAAACCUUACUUGGCUAUGGUCUCCCUGCAGUUUGGAUAUGCAGGCAUGUACAUCAUCACCAUGGUUUCUUUGAAGCGUGGAAUGAGCAAUUUUAUACUCGUUGUCUAUCGUCAUGCUGUUGCCACUCUCGUUAUUGCUCCAUUCGCACUUGUUCUUGAAAGGAAAAUAAGGCCAAAGAUGACACUCUCAGUGUUCCUAAAAAUAAUGGCACUCGGUUUACUAGAGCCAGUAAUUGAUCAGAACUUAUACUACUUGGGGUUGAAGAACACAUCAGCAACAUUUGCAUCUGCAGUUGUCAAUGUCCUCCCUGCCCUAACCUUUAUCAUGGCAAUAAUUUUCAGGUUGGAGAAAGUGAAUUUGAAGAAGAUACAAUGUGUAGCAAAGGUGGUUGGAACAGUGAUCACAGUAACAGGAGCAAUGGUGAUGACUUUGUAUAAAGGCCCUAUUGUUGAUAUCUUAUGGUACUCCAAAUCAGGAAAUCACCAUCAUAACACCACCAAUAGUACCUCUACUGAUCAGCAUUGGGUCAUGGGGACAUUCAUGAUCCUUGCCUGCACUUGUGGUUGGUCUGGUUUCUUCAUUGUGCAAUCGAUUACAUUGAAGCAAUAUCCGGCAGAGCUGUCUUUGACGGCGUUAAUAUGCUUGAUGGGCAUGGUGGAAGGUGCAGCCGUGGCACUUGCUAUGGAACGCGACAUGAGUGCCUGGGUGGUCGGUUUUGACUCGAGACUUCUUGCUGCAGUUUAUUCUGGGGUAGUUUGCUCCGGAGUAGCAUAUUAUGUGCAAGGUGUAGUGAACAAGGUUCGAGGUCCGGUGUUCAUCACAGCAUUCAGCCCUCUCUGCAUGAUCAUCACCGCCGUUCUCGGUGCCAUCGUCUUGGCGGAAAAAAUCCACCUUGGCAGUUUAAUUGGAGCAAUCAUAAUAGUGUUUGGACUAUACUCAGUGGUGUGGGGAAAAAGUAAAGACCCUUUAAUCUCAGAAUCAACAUUGACAGCAACUGAGAAAGACAAAGCCAAUGCAUUGCCAGUAGUUGAUGCUAAUAGAUCAACCAUUGUUGAUGAUACAAAUGAUUGUGGAUUUUCUGCCAAUAAUAAGUUGAAGAUUCCAGGAAAAAAUUCUCUACCCCAAGAGCCAUGAUUCAGAAUAUUGCACAAAUGAGAAUCAAAUCUCUCUCUCUCUCUCUCUCUCUGUAUUGUAUCUAAAUGAUGUAACUCUUAGCCUCCGUUUGGGAAGUGGGUUGGCUUUUUA